CACACACACACACACACUCUAUCUUAUGUAUAUACAUACAUCUAUCCAUAGAAUAUUUACACUUAUUCGCAUAGCUAAUUCACUUUUCUUUUUUUGGCCAAUUUCAAUACUGUUUUGUUUUUCAUUAUUUUCUUUUCUCUCAGAACUUUCUCUACAAAAAACACCAUGAAACAUAAACAUAGACAAAUUAGUACAGAAUCAAAUCCAUGUCAAUCUGAUAUUACAAAUGGUUUAUUACUACCUGUGAAUGAGAUCAUUGAAAUCCCAACUGGAACUACAUUAACACCAACACCGACACCAACACCAUCAUUAUCACCAUCAUCAUCACCACCAUCACCACCACCAACAGCGAUGACCCCAAUUGAAACUAUCAGUACAACACAGAGUUGUACUAAAAAAUAUAAAUUAUUAUUUAGUAGAAUAUUAGAUUGUAAAUUAUUUCAUAUGAUUAUUGUUGUAUUAUGCGCAUUAGAUGGUAUACUUGUUAUAUGUAUGCUUCUAUUAGAAAUUGAAUCAUUAAAAUUAAAGCCAUGCCCAUUACGAUAUCGUCUUAAUUUAACAUCAUUUAUAUUUGAAUGUAUAAGUUAUGUAAUAAUAUCAUUAUUUUUGAUUGAAAUUCCAAUUAAAUUAUGGACAUUUGGUUAUAAAUUUUAUCAAUAUCAAUGGAUUGAAUUAUUAGAUGUAUGUGUAUGUAUUAUAAGUUUUACCGUAGAUACUUAUAAUAUACAUCGACAUGUUAUAGAAACAAAAUUGAAUAAAAUUAGUACUCCUAAUGAUACAAUAGAGAAUAUAGAACAAACAUUACAUACAACUAUAGCUGAUGCUGCUGGUUUAUUAGUAUUAUUUCGUUUAUGGCGGGUAAUACGUAUUGUGAAUUCUAUCAUUGUUUCUGUGACUGCUACACAUGAAAGAAAUAUGAAAUUAUUAAAAGAAGCUCAAAAUAUUUCAUUGAAACGUAUUCAUGAAUUGGAACAAUUACUUCAUGAUAAUAAUAUACCAAUACCUUCAUUAACACCAAAAAGUCAAUCUAUAUUGUCCAAAAAAAUUUAA